GUAUCCAUUGUUGCUGAGGAAUGCGAAAGAGCUACAAAUCACUUGAAAGUUAUAUAUGAACCACCAACACGAAAUAUCACGAAAGGUGGUUUUGCUGUUUGUUUGAAGAAUUUGGUGUUUCCAUUUGUUGAUAUAUCCGCACGCUUGGUAGAAUGGAUGGAAAUGAUGCGCAUACUUGGUGCUCAAGAAGUAAUUGCUUACUCAAUAACAGUACAUCCGAAUGUUACCAAAGUAAUAGAUUAUUAUAAGGAACAAGGUUUCUUAAGGGUAUAUCCUCAUUCCUAUGCGCGUGGUGAACCAGUGUUUCCUUAUAUUUUGCGUUAUAUUAUGAAGCAUCACUAUCUUAAUAAGGUGUUGAACGAACUGUUGCCAUACAACGAUUGCUUUUAUAGAAAUUUAUAUAAAUAUGAUUAUGUGGCUUGUAUUGAUUUGAAUGAAGUGAUCAUGCCACUGGGUAAUUGGACAUCAUGGUAUGAUAUUGUUGAAUAUGCUGAAGAGCAUAAGCGUCCAGGUUGCCAAACUCAUGUGAGUCUAUGCUUUCAAAACACUUAUUUUCCAAAAUUUGUAAAAGAAAAAACUGAUUCAAUUAUUCCGAAAUACUUUCAUAUGCUACAACAUGUACGGAGAUUCGAAAAACACUUGGACGUUGGUUUCGGCACCAAAUGUUUACAUAAUACAAAUUAUGCUGUAACGCUACACCGUCAUCACUGCCUCAAAUGGUUGGGUUGUGGUCCACUGCACAUAAAUUCCAUUCUCGCUCAAUUACAACAUUAUCGGGACCCAGUAGAUCUGCGUACAAAGAAUUUAACGGUAUUGGAUGAUAACAUUUUGCGAUUUCAUAAAAAUUUAAUCAAACGGUCUAUGGAAGUUUUUUACAAAUUGAACUUUAUUUAGAAAUAGUCGAAAUUUAUGUUCAAAUUACAUCGAAAUGUGUUAAUGAUUUCAUCGAAAGAAUUUC